AUGAAGCACUUCGAAGAAAUCAAGGUUUUAGGUGACGGCGCCUUUGGUGUAGUUACUAAAUGCCGAAACCUUGAUAAUGAUCAAUUUGUUGCUAUUAAGAAAAUGAAAGCUAAAUACAAUAGUUUUGAAGAAUGUCUUCAAGAAAAAGAAGUUAAGUCAUUACGUAAGAUCAAACAUGAAAACGUCGAGAAGUUAUUACAAGUUUUCCGUGAAAAUGACCAUUUAUAUCUUGUUUUUGAAUUAUUAGAUGAAUCGUUACUCAAAACAAUGAGCAAACGCACUCAACCAUUCUCAAAUGAAAAAGUCCGUUACAUCAUGGGCCAAAUUUUCCCAGGAUUAAACAUAAUUCACAAGCAAGGCUUUUUCCAUCGAGACAUGAAACCCGACAAUUUACUUUGGAGCCAAGAUGGAGUUCUAAAGAUCGCUGAUUUUGGCUUGGCACGCGAAAUUCGUAGCCGACCCCCUUAUACAGAGUAUAUUUCCACUCGUUGGUAUCGUGCCCCUGAAAUUAUCCUUCGCCAUCCUUUUUAUAACUCGCCAGUUGAUAUAUGGGCAGCAGGAGCGAUCAUGGCUGAGCUUUACAUGUUGAAGCCAAUUUUCCCUGGUUCAUCAGAAACAGAUCAAAUGUACAAAAUCUGUUCAGUGCUAGGCAAUCCUACAAUGGAGACAUGGCCAGAUGGUGUUAAGCUUGCCGCUAAGACAGGUUUUAAGAUGGGAAAUGGUUAUCAUACUUCAUUACAGCAAUUGAUGCCAAAUGCUUCACCAGAAGCUAUAGACCUUAUGAUACAAUUGUUACAAUUCGAUCCAUCUAAGCGUCCAAGCGCUAGCCAAGCUCUAACUCAUCCAUUCUUCAAAGGACCUUCAAUUAAUCCUCGCCAAAACAACAACGCGCAAUCUAACAAGAUCACAAGCUCAGAAACAGAGAAACGAAUACCAGAUAACAAAUUCAAUUCGGUAAAUUACAUCUUAUCAACUCCUACGGCUCCGGUCAUGGCAAAUCCGAAAUUAAAUACUGGAGGAUUCAGAGCCAACAAAGAUACACCGGAAAUUCAAAAACAUACGGGCGGAUACCUUAAAAGUAACAUAUUAAAAGGUUUAGGACCAAGACAGACACCAUCGUCACUGGCAGCACAAGGCAAUAGCUUUGGCGGUAAUACUAUACUGAAUUCUCUUAAUGACGACUUAUUUGACGAUAUUUUCUAA